CAUCUGUGAUGUUGAAUUGUCGCAGUCCCGUCAUGCUAAAUGAAGGUGAUAACUUCACAUGUCUGUGUAAAGGUGAAGGUGGAAGUCCUCCUGCUAAAGUUGUCUGGUUUAAUGAUGGAGUCAACGUUAGUCUUGUUGGAACAAAGAAUCAAGCAUUAAAACUCUUAAAUGUUAGUAAAGAAGAUAAUGGAACAUACACGUGUAAUGCCACAAGUUACCCUCAUGAAAAUUAUACCGAUGAAAAAUCUAUCGUGGUAAUAGUUUAUAUUAUACCAAAUGUGACAACAGAUUGCGACAGUUCCAUGGCCGUAAACGAAGGCGUUGAUGUCACGUGUUAUUGUGAAUGUAAAGGUGGCAACCCUCCAGCAAAUUGUACUUGGUUUAAAAAUGGUAUCCUAACUGGUAAAAUAGGACUGAAAGAAAACACGUUGAACCGCCCUAAUAUUAAAAGGACUGAUGGUGGAAAUUACACGUGUGUAGGCGAGAGUCACUCGUCAGCAAUGGCUAAAAAGUUAACCACAAUAACAGUUUAUUAUGUUGAGGUUAACUUCUAUUCCCCAAAUAAUGACAGCGUUACCAUAACAUGUACAUCAAAUGGUCCUCCUUUACUGGACUACACAAUAUACCAUAACGGCACUAAAGUCGCUAGAAACAUGUCGUAUAUCAUUUCAACGGUGAACGGGACUCAUCCUGGAUUAUACAAUUGCACUGCAACUAAUGGAUUGGGAGAACUUUCUGCUGUCAAAUUCUUAGAUGCCAAGAGAAAAACGCCGUCAACAACACAGCAAACACAAUCAUCUACAAUACAGCCGUCAACAGUACAACCUUUGGUACCAAGCACAACUUCAAAAGUUGUUGUCCCAGAUGAUGAUGAUGAUGAUGAUGAUGAAGAUAAAACUGACAUUGGUCUCAUCGUCGGAGUGGUUGUUGGUGUGGUGGCGCUCAUUGUUAUCGUUUUCUGUGCGGUACUUUACUUUAAGUCCAAAGCAAGAGACAACAAAAGAGGACAUGCCGACGUGAACCCGAAUGGCUCAAGAGUGAUGACAAACCACUACGAACUAGACGAAGAUCAUGGUGAGGAUGCAGGCGCCUACGAUUCGGUGAAACAAUCCGAUAAUGGUGAAGGCUCGCAGGAUAGGAAGAAGCCUGCUGGAGACUCACUCCCCCCCGUUUAUGCCUCGGUAAAUAAAGACAACAGACAAGGGAACACGCUGUAUGCAUCUCUGGACUCUGAGGCGUUGAGGAAGCCUGGGUCGAAGAAAAAACAACCGGAAACAAAGAAUGCACCAACUGAGUAUGCGAGCAUUGACUUCAUGCAGACCGGGAAGACACCAAAUGCAGAUAAUGCAUAAACAUAACUGGGGAUGGCAAAGAGUAAGAGAAGUUGUUUCGAGUGAUAUGUACAUAAUAAGAAGUGGAUUUUAAACAUUAUUCUAUAGCUUAAAGUAAUUGAUUACCAAUCACCUAUUGAGUGCAUGAACAUAGAAUAAAGUAGAGUUUCUCAAAUAUUUUGUAGUUAUCCGCGGUGGAAAUUCUACCGUGGUAUUCGUGUGGUGGGAAAUAUUUACAGGAAAUAUUUAUUCAACUUUUAUCAGAAAAACGAUUUUCUUUUUUUUAUGAUCUUCAUACAAAGUGAAAUUUUGCACUAUGUCCUGUGUUUUUGCAACAUUGGCAAAGCCAGCAGCUUUUAAAGCGGUUUCAGUUUCCCAAUCUAGCUAUACCUAGUCGCUGAGUGUAUAUGGAUGAAAUUCCCACUUAACUGCUUUUUGUUAUGGUUUGACAAUCUUUUAAGCCAAUUUGCAUGUCUACAGAGAGUUUUCAGAAUUUGAUUCGAUAUAUAUCACUUGAUUUGAUAUAUAUCACUGCAUUUGGCAGUACGUAAUGGUUUGCUGUCUAAAAAACUGCGGAAUUUUACGAACACGAGAAAUGUAAUAGCGUUUUUCUGUUAUAUUACUAUAUGCAUGUGUAUUCACGAUUUGUUUUAAUAGUUAGUUUUAUAUAACAAGUAUAGUUAUUAGUGUCACGCCAUAGGUUGUGAUUUAUAUAUUGACGAGAGCUUACUAACUUUUUGGCUUUUUUUUCGACCAGUUUAAGUUCCCUGUUGAGCACCUUGCCUUAAACUCUAUUGCUGCAUGGUUGUCUUAAAUAACGGGUUUACCCUAUCAAAGUUUCUACGAUCACAGGGCAGCUUCCAAAAGCACCGUCAGGCGACUGCAUGUGAUCGAUAGCUUCUGACUUGAAACUCAAAAUUCUUGAAUCUGAUUUCAAAGAGAAAUUUGGCAGAAAACGUUAGUAUGUUAUCGUCUUUCUAUUUUAGAUCCAGGGAUUGCAUGCAUAAUAUAAUUAUGUUAAUAACUUAGAUAUAUAUGAUUAGAUUUAAGGGAUGAUAAUGGUCUUUAAUUAUUCGCACAAUAUUCUAAGUAUACUGUAUACCACAGCAUGACAUGUAAAAUAUGUUGUAACCUGAUUAAUUACAUUGAUUGCACAAAAAGCAUAGAAACAAUUUCUUUUUUGGAGUUUUGCACAACCGGCUGUU